GGACCGCCCCACCCCAAUCCCGGCGCUGCCGCCCCUGCCCCUGCCUCCGGGAGUGACUCGCGCACCUAUGGCUGUGGCCUUGGAGGCCGAGGCCGCCGUCUGAGCCCUGGGAGUGGGGGCAACUGGACCGGAAGCAGCGGGCACUGCAUGGACUCGAUGGGGUGAAAUGCAGGAAUAUGGCCUCCUCAGGUGCGCACCUUUCCUGGAAUUGUGUCAGAAAAGCAGAGACCAAGCCGACCCAAGCAUCAGAAACAGCUUCCAGGCAGAAAGGUGAUACAGGAUUCAGGAAAAAGAACAAAACCUUAAGAACACACUUCGACAGGAUUCUGGGCUGGAUUUACUCUGAUCUCACAGCUAAGGCUUAAAUGUCUGAGAACUGAAGAGAAGGUUCCACAUAUAAGUGAUAUCAUAUGGUAUUUUUUUCUUUCUCUUUCUGGCUUCACUUAGGAUGAUGAUCUCUGGGUCCAUCCAUGUUGCUGCAAAUGGCAUUAUUUUAUUCUUUUUUAUGGCUGAGUAGUAUUCCAUUGAAGAAAUAUACCACAACUUCUUUAUCCAGUCAUCUCUGUGGAUGGACAUUUAGGUUGCUUCCAUGUCUUGGCUAUUGUAAACAGUGCUGCUAUGAACUUUAGGGUGCCAUAUAUUUUUGAAUUAGAGUUUUCUCCAAAUACAUGUCCAGGAGUGGGACUGCUAGAUCAUAUGUUGUCUCCUCACAGUCUUCACCAAGUCCUCUUCCUCUACCAGACAGGUAAGUGUUGGGACCCUGCAAGGGCUCUGGCCUAGAGGGCCUCUUCUCACUCCAUUGCCGUUGAGCCUAGGCUGGAUUUAGUGAUUGCUUCUAAUAAACAGAAUCCAGUAGUAGUGAUGGGGUGUCACUUCCGAAAUUAGGUGGUAACCAGGCUGUGGCUUUGUCUUGGGGGCCCUGUUAUGUGCCCUCUCUCUCUUGCUUGCUCACCCUGGGCCAGACACAUCUGUGGAGAGGCCCAUGGGGUGAGGGGCCAAGGCCAACCAACUUGGAUCCCCUGCCCCCCAGUUAAGCCUUAAGAUGAGACCACAGCCCCAGCUAACAACUUGACUACAACCCUUGACCUUGUGCUAGAGGCACUCAUUUGGGUGCCGAAAUUGUGAGAUAAUAAGAAUUUAUCGUAAGCUGCAAUGUUUUGGGAUUAUUUGUUAUGCAGCAAUAGAUAACUAAUACACCUCCCUCAGUGGUUUUGUAGCUGCUGUGGCCUCAAUAAUACUCUCAGUGCCAAUACCCUUGUGUUUAUAUUUUGCUUCUCAACUCUUUAUCUACUUGACAUUACUACUUAGAUUUCUCAUAAAUACCCCAAUGUCUUCAUGUUCAAAACCAAAUGCACCUAGCCACUUAAACACUGGCUUUGCUGCCAUUCACUGCAGUAUCCCCACUGCCCAGCACAUAACAAACACUCACUAAAUGUGGAUUGAGUGAAUAUUCCAUGUCAAACCCAAGUCUUUCUUGGUAUUCUUUAUUUCAGUAAAUGUAAUACAAUCCAGUCUCUUGCUCAAGCCAGAUACUUGGAUUUAUCCUUGACCCUCUUGCUUUACUUCAUCCUUACAUCUCAUCAGUCUCCAAGUUCCAUAGGUCUGGUAGCCUAAAUAUUUUUCAAAUCUAUUUCUCUACCCUCACUGCCGCUACCAAGUCGAGAUCACCAUCAUCUCUUUCCUGGGUCAUAGAAAUAACCUAACUGGUAUCUCUCCUUUCACUCUCUCUUUUUUUAAAGUAAACUUUUAGGUGUAACAUACAGAAAUGUGCACUAACCAAAAAUGAAGAGCCUGAUGUAUUUUAACCAAGGGAAAACAGCCCUUUAGCUUCCCAAUUAACAUCCCGAAGAAAUCAGAAUUUACUGUUGCUCUCGGGACUACUCUGGUGCCCUCUUCUGGUCACUUCUUCUCCCCCAUAAUCUCUAUCCUGACUUGCAACUGUAACAGAUUUGUUUUUGAACUUCAUGUAAGUGAAGUCACACAAUAAAAACUCUCAUCUGACUUUACUCACUCUACAGUGGGGGACUCAACCACACGUUGCUUAUUCCCUGAAUGGUAUUCACUGUUGUGAUAUUUAUUUGUACUGUGGCUAGUUUUCAGUUUGGGGCCACAUUUAGUAGUUCUUGUAUGUCUCUGGUGACCAUAUAUGUGUGUUGCUGUGGGGUUCAUGCCCAGCAGUGAAUCGCUGUGUCAGAGGGUAGGUGAUGCCCAGCUUCAGAAGAUUCUGCCACAGUUGUCUAGAGAGCUUGUAUCAUUUCCCCUCCCACCGUCUACCGACUCAUCUUGUGCAUUUCCUGCCCCAGUCCUAAGAUCAGUCCUUUCUCCAUGGAGCCCUGAUUCCUGCCAUUAUCUGAUUCUUUUUCACAUUAUAAAGCAUUCACAAAAAUAGAAUUUUUAAAAGGAUGAGAGAAAGUGAAACUAAAGGAAGUUCUACAGUUUUUUCCACAUCCAAUGGAGUAAAAAGAAUAGAAAAGAUAUCUGUGAAAGCCCACAUGACGUGUAAAGGAGGGAGUCGGAGAGCUGACGGCAGGGGACAGAGACUGCAACAGGAGGAAGGAGGGGAAAACAUUAGCUGAAAAGGACAUCAAGGGGGGGUUGCCUGAGUUCCACUGUCAUCUGCUCCCAUGAGGGGCCUCCAGUAGGGGUCCUCUGAUGCUGAGCCAGUCAGGAUGCCUCCUGAGUACCCCAGUCCCCACCUGCUUCAGUGUCGUUAGCUUUUGUAAGUGAUUGUAGCCUGAAACUCUACCCAAGACUAGGGGACACUUCAGGUAUCAGAUAGCAGGAAGUGGCAGCAGCAACAGCGAAGGGUAUUUUAGGUUGAUGACAGUGUCCUUGUUUCAUAAAAAUGCAACAACUUCUAAACAGAAUGUAACUUAAUUUACUCUAAUAUCUAUCCACAAAGAGCCAGAUGGAGUUGACUCUUGAGCUUGGUUUCAAUAGAGAGUCCCCUCUCUGCCUGUACUGUAAGCUGUCUUUAGCUCCCAGGUGGAGACAAUGUUCUGACAGUUGGGAUGUGGGUGUUUGGGGAAUAUAUCCAGCCAACCCUACAAAGUUUCAGGGCUUUUCUGGCCUUGGUGAUCACGGCUUGCCUGGUUGAGGCUGAAGCUGCCAGCCUUGACAUUCACGGUAAGAAGUGCUUGGAGUUGCUGCCUAGGGAGGAGACUCCUGUCCUCCUGGAGCUUGCCCAGGGCAGGAGAGGGCCAUUUCUGCCAACUUUGAUGGGGCAGGCUUCUGGGCCAGCAUCAUAGCUGAGAUCCAGGAGCCGGGUUUCGGGUUGGCAACCUCUCUGGCUGCCCUGUUUGCAAGAUCAGAUGUUACACUUGUUCACCCACUGGAAAGGAGCAAAGGGUCCAGCUGCUGGGUAGUUCCAGUUGCAGCUAGGCAAGGGCAUCAAGAAUUGGAUGGUGAGCAGGCUCCUCGUUAAAGAGACUGUGAUACAGCCAUACAAUAAAAUAUGCCAUAGCUGAAAAACAGCAAGGCACUGCUUGAGAAUUGCAGGAUGCUUGGCACGUAACCAUCCAUCCAAACCUGACCUAAGAGACUUGACCAAACUCUAGCAUGGCUUCUAGAAGCAUAAGGCUAGGAUGACCCCUAAAUCGCGUGCCUGGGAAUGUACUCAACGCUGCCAGUAGGAUGUACUAUUCUAGCUAAUACCUGAUGCUAGGUCCCUGACCUCCCUUUCUUGGAGCAUUUACUGAAAAGCUCUUAUAAUUGUGAAUACAUGUCUCUUACAACCCAGAAGCAUCUCUCACAGACCUGAGAGCCAUUCUUCUGAAAUGUACUCAUCAGGAAUGUCAAGGCCUCUAUCUCCGUUCUCCGUGGGAGGAUAGGCUCCUGACUUCCACACCUGCCAGCCAGCAGACACACCUGAUCUAAUCGCUUCUUCACUGCCCAGCUCUUUGUGAUUUUUCAUUUUCACUUUUCUGACUCUACUGAGAGCCCCCACCUCCUUAUUCUCCCUUUGAAACACCCAGUCGCCUCUACACAAAUCAAACGGAGCACAGCUCUUUCUCCUGCUAUCUGUAGUUACCGAAUAAAAUCUGUUUCCACUGCUUUAUAAUCUCUGGCUGUAUUUUGGUCUUUGACAAGCUCCAUGUUUUGUUUUGUUUUUCUCUAUAUGUUUUCUAUACUGAAAAUCUCUAAGAUGUGUGUCACACACACACAGUGGGCAGGUCAGCAGCAUAUAAUACACUCUUAUUUUUGAAACAAAACAAAACCCGGAACAGUUCUGUGCGGGGAGACCCUUGACCUGGGAGGCUGGACGGGUCGCUGGGCGGCAAUUCGUGCUCCCGGGUCCCCCGGCACCAGUGCUCUAGGGCGGAGGGCCGUCGCGCAGACAGCCUCAGUUUCCCCACGGGAACGCCGACUCGAGGGCUCCCGGGGCUCUUCCCCGCAGUCCUCACCGCCCCCGUUGCCCCCAGUGUCCGGGCGCCACGAAAAGGCGGGAAAACCGGAAGUUGGAAUGAGGCAGCCGGACGAGAAAUGCGGGCGCACUGGCAGGGUCAGGCUGCACCGAUGUGACCCUCCCACCUCGGAGGGGCUGCCUCUCGGGGGCGCGGACGGGAGCGCGCAGGUAAGGGCGGCAGAGCGGUACCCUGGUGGGGCGGGGCCAUCGAGGCGACAGCCAAUCACCAGCGUCUCCAGUGGGUGCGCUGACGGGCCGGGGCGGGGCAGAGUCGUUGCCUGGGUGACGCACUCCCAGCGUUGGAGUUCUGUGGGCAGCUGAUCUGGGCGGCACCGACUAGCGGACGCGGGGCUCCUGGGCCUCCAGUGGCUCCGAACGCGUCCCAGCUGCCGCCGCCUCGCAUCAGGGAACGGGGCCGCGGGGUUUCCUCCACGCCCCCGGGGGUGAGAGGGCCGCCGCCCGCGUGAGCUCUCACGACCUGGUCUCCAGCGGCCCUGGGAGUUCUUAGUUAUUUUUCCUUCUUUAAAAAUUUUCUAUUUCUGGGGCCCCAACUACCUAACACUUACACUGGCUUCCUUUUCUUCUUUUUCAAUGGUUACCAUCUGCUCUGCGGUUUACUCGAUUAUUCUAUUUUUCUUGGCUUCUCAUUCCUUUAUUUGCCCCUGAUCAUCUCUCCUUCCUAAGGUUAAAUCUCUACAUUGCCCUGUCUCCAGCCUGGCUUAACCGUCUUAUUUAGUACACGUUUGUUUUUGUUUUUCUUACUUCAGAUGAUUUUUUCUAGUUUUUAUUAUUCUGGGUGUUUUGGUGAGGUCCUCUUUAAGACCCGAGUCAGCUUGCAGGCCAAUCUGAGGAUACAUCAUGAUUUAUUUACUAAAGGUGGCAUAUUCUUACUCAAACUCACGGAAGCCGCGGGAGACCAGAGUUGACAUUUGUUGAGUGUUUCCUGUGCCUAAAGCUCCAGUAAGUGCCUUCUUCCACGAUAGUUAUCUUGUGACCAGGCUCCUGAGACUCCUGGCCAGAAGCUAGAGGGGGCUUGGCCAGCAAGAGCAAGAAACAACUCAGCUGUGCUUUCUAGCUCUGAGAUAGGAAAUGUCUACAGGUGGAGGAGGCAUCUGGGCUACCCAGGACAAGGAGAGAGCCCGAGAGAUUUCAGGUCAUGGGCAUUCUUGUCAAGAAAUGCUUUCCAAGUCGGAGGAGACAGUGCCUUUGGGAGCCGCUCAGGAGUCACCCCACAUCAAGAUGGAGCCAGAAGAGUCACACCCUGAUGGGGCGUCACAGGAGGCCAGAGCUCAAGGAGUGCGGGGCUGGAUGCCCCUAAGCCAGGGCUCUAAAGAGAAAGUGCAUUUCCUGCCUGGUGGAGCCCUCCCCUCCCCCCAGAUCCCUGUACUUUCCCAGGAGGGGAGGACCAGAGACCGGCAGAUGGCUGCGGCACUCCUCACCGCCUGGUCCCAGAUGCCAGUGACCUUUGAGGACGUGGCUCUGUACCUCUCCCGUGAGGAGUGGGGACAGCUGGACCACACACAGCAGAGCUUCUACAGGGAUGUCCUGCAGAAGAGGAACGGGCUGUCCUUUGCAGGGUUUCCCUUCAGCAGACCUUUCUGGGCCUGUCAAGUGCAGGGCAAGGGCGAGGCCUCAAGCUCCAGCCGACAGACGGGAGAUGAGGAGAGGAGAGGAGCCAUGGAGGUGGGGAAGAAGGAGCUGGCCCCAUCCCUGGCAGCCCUCAGGGAUGUGAAGUCCUUCAAAGGCAGGGUGGAGAGAGCCCAGGGGGACGCCCUGCAGUGCGGGCAGCCAGCGGCCAGCGGGCAGAGCCCAGGGCCAGCCAAAGACGAUGUGCAGUCCGCUCCCUUGGAGGAGGGACAGCCCAAACCAGCCCCGCCUGACAAUGGCCUCCCAAAGGCCCAGGAGGGUGGCUUCCCAGAGCGACCCAGAGACCAGGAGACCACCGCCCCUGAGAGCAGCGAGGAGGGCCUGGCUGUCGACGGCGACGCAGACAAGAAGACCUACACGUGCGAGCAGUGCGGCAAGGGCUUCAGCUGGCACUCCCACCUGGUGACGCACCGGCGCACACACACGGGCGAGAAGCCCUACGCCUGCACGGACUGCGGCAAGCGCUUCGGCCGCAGCUCGCACCUCAUCCAGCACCAGAUCAUCCACACCGGCGAGAAGCCCUACACCUGCCCCUCCUGCUGGAAGAGCUUUAGCCACCACUCGACGCUGAUCCAGCACCAGCGCAUCCACACGGGCGAAAAGCCCUACGUGUGCGACCGCUGCGCCAAGCGCUUCACCCGCCGCUCGGACCUGGUCACCCAUCAGGGCACCCACACGGGCGCCAAGCCACACAAGUGUCCCAUCUGCGGCAAGUGCUUCACGCAGAGCUCGGCCCUCGUCACCCACCAGCGCACCCACACUGGGGUCAAGCCCUACCCGUGCCCCGAGUGCGGCAAGUGCUUCAGCCAGCGCUCCAACCUCAUUGCCCACAACCGCACGCACACCGGCGAGAAGCCCUACCACUGCCUCGAUUGCGGCAAGAGCUUCAGCCACAGCUCGCACCUGACCGCCCACCAGCGCACCCACCGCGGGGUCCGGCCCUACUCCUGCCCGCUGUGCGGCAAGAGCUUCAGCCGCCGCUCCAACCUGCACCGGCACGAGAAGAUUCACACGGCGGGGCCCAAGGCCCUGGCCAUGCUGAUGCUGGGGGCGGCCGGGGCGCUGGCCUCACCCCCACCAGCUCCCACCUAGGAGGCUAGGAGGGAGGGGCCAGGUGACGGGAGCAGGGGAGGGAGGGAGAGGAGCAGCUGGGGGUGUGGCCUGGUGAGGCCCAGGAAGGGAGCCGGGAGGUGCUGGCAUGGGGGUGGGGCGCGGCAAACACGGGAGGAGCUAGGGUGAGGAGCAGGCAUGCUGGCCACAAAUUAAAGGCCUUGGAAUUCAA